AUGAAACACUUUCAAAGACGGAAUACUUUAUCGACAUUGGCACAUUUAAAUAUACAAUCAUCAUACCUUGUUGUUGGUCCAAAAGUCAUUCGUCCCUCUGACAUUGUGAGUGUAUGGAUACUUAUUUUAAAUGACGACUGGAAUGUAACAAAUAUAGCCGUAUCGAUCUUUAAUCGAGAUGAAGAAGUAGCUGCAGGGCAAGAACAAGUUUCACCAGCAAUACCAACACCUGUACUAAUGCAGAUUCCGUCGAAUGCACGAAAUGGAACGUAUCGAUUAUAUGUGAGAGCUACAUUACCUGAUGGUGAACUUAGAUUUUACAAUGAAACAGACCUGGAAUUUCAAUUAAAAUCAUUGUCCAUCUUCAUUCAACUUGAUCGUCCCAUGUACCGGCAUGAACAAACAGUUAACUUUCGGUGUAUUCCUGUAUAUCCAGAUCUGAGUGGUUAUUAUAGCACAAUCAGUGUUUAUAUCAUCGGUCCAAUGAAUAAUAUUUUAAGAAGAUGGGAAAAUCUUCAAACAAGUUCUGGACUUGUGGAAUUAUCUUAUACAUUAGCGUCAUUCAUUGGCUUUGGUACAUAUAAAAUUCGUUGUCAAGCACAAAAUACCAUUGAAGAACGUCCAUUCUUGGUCGAUUUUUUCCUUCAGAAAAAAAUUGAAGUCAAUGUAUCAUUGCCAUUAUUCAUUCAUGUUGAUUCACCAACGGUAUCUGGUAUCGUUACGGCAAAUUACACAACUGGACGUGGUGUUGUUGGACAAAUGCGUCUAACAGUACGUUUAAGAAAAGAAGAUGAACAUUUUGAACCUGCUGUUCAUCCAAUACCACCUGAUCAACCGGGACCAAAACUCGAUUAUUUCUAUGAAUUUUUCAAUGGUCGAAUAGAUUUUUCUAUUCCUAUGGUAGAAGUUGUUGAUCAAUUUGGUAGUUUAAUUAAUCGAGAACUAAUUGUAACAGCAACAGUUUUUGAUCCAUUAUGGAAUGAAACAACAAAUUCAUCAUUUUUAACAUCACUUUACACUACUGUUUACAAAUUAAAAUUUCUCAAUAGACAAUCUCGUGUAUUCAGACCAAGAAUGAGUUAUAUUGCUUAUAUAGCUGCCCUUAAUGGAGAUAAUAGCCCAUUUCAUCUACAUAAUGAUACAAUGAAAAAAAGCACUUUCAUUCGUAUUUAUGUCAAUUUUGAUAAUUCAAAAUCAUUGGCAGCUGUCGAAUAUCCAAUUAAUGAUGAUUCAAUAAUUAAACAUGAAAUUCUUGUACCACCGGACGAAGAUGCAUAUUAUAUGUCAGUUCGUGCUGAAUUAUUUAUCAACAAUACAUAUGUUCCAAAUACACUAAUUGAACAACGUUCUGUUCGAUAUCAAUCACCCAGUUUCAGUUUUAUCCAAAUCUCAACAUCUACAUUUCAUCCUCGUAUCGAUGAUUUUAUGAUAUUUACAGUAAAUAUAAGUCAUUAUUGUGAGCGAGUUUAUUAUCAUAUUGUAGCAUCAAGUCGUAUUGUUCAUACAGAUAUACUUCGUAUGAAUGCCUUACAACAAAGUUUUGAUGUAGCAAUCACACGUAAAAUGGCACCGUCAGCACAUAUCAUAGCCUAUUUCAUUCAUACUACCGGUGAACUUGUAGCGGAUGUAUUACAUUUUCAUGUUAAUAUUACAUCAUUCGCAACACAUUUAAAUUUAACUAUUAAUCAACGAAAAGAUUUAAGCGGAAAGACUGUCGAAUUAUUAUCUUAUUCAUCACCACAAUCGGUCAUAGCAUUUGCUGGUACAGAAUAUGCACAACAUCAAUUGUAUGGUGGAAAUCAAUUAAGUGAAAUGGCGAUCUACAAUGAAUUGUAUACGUACGAUAUUAAUGCCGAGCCAGGUCCAAAUAUCACAUGGUAUCAAGAUUUUUUAACACCUAUAACAACAAUAUUCAGAGUUGGUCAUUCUUCAGCAUCUAAUGUUUAUGAAGUAUUUAAAUAUACUGGACUAUUUUUAUUAUCGGAUAUUGAAACAGUUGUCGCUGAAGCACAAGAUGAAACCUAUUGUAAAGAGCAUGGUGGACAAUUAACGUGUAAUGAUGGUACUUGUUAUACAAUCAGUGAAAAAUGCGAUGGAAAGUUUCAAUGUCAAGAUGGCGUUGAUGAGAGAGAUUGUACAGAAAAAUCCGAAAUUGCAUUUACGCCUAUAAACAAACGUUUAUGGCCAUAUUGGGAACGAUUUUUUACCUUAACAUUUGCAUGGGCAACGCAAAACAACUAUCCUGACGGCCGUGCUCAAUUGACUGUUGAUGUUCCAUCAGUCAGAGCAACGUGGGUUGUAUCAGCAUUAUCAAUAAGUCACAAAACAGGCUUAUCCAUCCUACCCUAUUCAGUAAUAUUUGAAGGCACGAGGCAAUUUUUCAUUACUGUUGAAAUUCCACCAUUCGUACGCCUAGGAGAACAAAUUGGUGCACGAGUUGAUGUAUUUAACUAUCAACCUUAUCGAAUUGAAGCACUUAUAAUCCUUCAUGCUUCGCCCAAGUAUCGUUUUGUUAAUAUUGAUGCAAACGGACUAGUAUCAUCAUUUCAACCUCGUACAUCUGAGGGUCAUCAUCAUGUACUGCUGAUCAUUGAUCCAAGUGAUACACGACGCGUAUACAUACCAUUUGUUCCCAUUGUAGACGGUUCAGUCGAGGUUAUCAUUGAAGGAGUGACUGGUGCAAAUCGUGAUAUUAUUACUAAACAAAUCGAAGUUUCUUAUGAAGGAAUAAUCAAUUAUUAUCAUACCAGUACAUUAGUGUUAUUAGAAAAUAUACCGAGACAAAUGAUGGAACUCGAUAUAAAUGUGACAGAAAAUUAUAUAUUUCCAUUAGAAAAUUAUUUUCGAUAUGUACCUGGUUCUGCUAAAGCCGAAAUUUUCAUUUCUGGCGAUGUUGCUGGACCAUUCUUUUGGAAAGGCGUUGAUGUCACUCAUACGGCUGAUAAUUUUGUAACAAAAACUGUGGCACCAGCUGAGUCAGCCUUGCUUGGUUUCAAUAUGAUGCUGUACAAUUUAAUUUACAUGAGACAAGGGCAUGGUGGACGUGCGUUUGAUGAUGAAAAAUUAAUACUAUUUCUUAAUCAUGCGAAUAUUGAGUAUCAGCGUUUAAUGGCAUUUUAUUUUGAUGAUGGAUCGGAUGAAGGAAUUUACGAUGGUGCUUUCAGCAAUUUUGGAUGGAAAAAUGAAACGAGUGUGUGGAUGACAUCAUGGGUAUUGAUUGGUUUAAAAGAUGCCACUCAACCAGAAUGGGAAGAACGAAAUUUAUUCAUAGAUCCAAAAGUUCGAGCAAAAUCAGCUCAAUGGCUCGCUUCAAAACAAAAUCUUGAUGGAUCAUGGCCAGAAUUAAGCAAUAUUCUUGAUCGUGAAAAAUUUCAACCUCGUUUAUUUUCGACGAACGGUAUUCCACUUAAUAUAUCGUUGACAGCUCAGUCGGUAAUUGCCUUAAAAAUGAACAUGGAUAUUAAUGGUCUUCUGAAAGAUGAUAUCGCAGAUUCGGUGGAACGAGGACGUCUCUGGCUUGAAAAACAUUUUCGUGCAAUUACAGAUGUGUUCGAAUUGGCAAUAACAACGUACGCUCUUCAUGUAGUCAAUAGUCCAGAUAAAGAUAUAGCGUUCAAUAUACUAAUAAAAAAACAGAGACAAAAUACAAAUGGUAUGUAUUGGUCAAAUGUUGAUAUUCGUCCCAAUGAGAUAAUGUAUACAGCAUUAACUGAACGUUUAUCACCAAAAUUUGAAUCAGAUAUUGAAGCUUAUGCUAUUGCAGCAACAUCGUUUGUUCUACUGACAUAUAUUAGCCGAGCUGAAACAGCAAAAAGCAGUGAUUUACUAAAAUGGAUUCAACACCAUCGAAAUUUUAUUGGUGGUUGGUGUUCAACUUACGAUACAUUUUUUGCACAAAAAGCAAUUGUCGAUUAUGCAAUACGUCGCGGUGACUCUAUUCAGCAGUAUCAGUUACGUUUUAACAUAUCAAGUUCUGACGAUAGUGAAAACAUGAUGGAACCUAUUUUAAUAACAGAUACAAAUUUAAUUAACACACAACAACGAAGUAUUCAAAAUGUGUACGGUCGGGCAUUUAUUGACGCCUAUGGAACGGGUUAUUCACUUGUACAAAUGGUUGUUCAAAAUAAUGUGGAAUUUCCAUGGUUGAUUCGUUCUGAACCAGCGAACAGAUUUAAUCUGACAUUAGAUAUUAAAAUGUCGGGUUACAAUAACUCGAUAUUAUUGUAUCAAGUGUGUAUAACUUGGUUACCCGGUUUAUUCAAGUCACAUCGAAGUGGUUGGUCUAUCUAUACAAUUGAUAUACCCACGGGAUAUCGAAUUGAAGAACGUUAUCUCAAAGAUCUUGUAGGAUUUGGUAUUGUUAGAAAUUUACGUGAUGCCGAAAAUUAUCCAAAUUCUUUAAAUUUUUUAUUUGAAUUUUUUGAUCUUACACCAAUUUGUUGGGAAUUUGAAUUGAAACGCUGGAUACCAGUGGCAAAUAUGACACGUUACUACCACAUGAAAGUGUAUGAAUGGCAUGAACCAUGUGAGUCUGAUGAAUAA